AACAGGAUUAUAGGUGUAUAAAAAUGCCCUGCAUAUGCCAAUCAAGAACUUCUUUCAUGUUCAGCAUUUCUACUCCCUCCAAGAAGAGUAUCAACACUGAAGCAGCAGCAAGAGCAGCAAAAGACAAACAUGAGUGUGAAGGGCACCGUUAUAGUCUUGGCUGUGAUAUUCUGUGCUACAAUUGUUCAAGGCUUCCCCAUGUUCAAAGGGGGACGCUGUCUUUGCAUAGGCCCUGGAGUAAGAGCAGUAAAAGUGGCAGAUAUUGAGAAAGCGACCAUAAUUUAUCCAAGUAACAACUGUGACAAAACAGAAGUGAUUAUCACCCUGAAAGCACAUAAAGGACAAAGAUGCCUAAAUCCCAAAUCGAAGCAAGCAAGCAUUAUAAUGAAGAAAAUUAAAAGAAUGAAUUUUUAAAAUAUCAAAAUGUAUGGCGUCCUGGGAAGAGGAUCUGAAAACUUAGAACAAGUUUAACUGUGACAACUAAAGUGAUAAGAAUUCCACAAUAGGAAACAGAUUUUCUCCUGCCUGUUGCAAUGUACAUUCAUUCAUUUCUACGUCAGCAAAUCUCAGAAAUCUGACGGUUAAAACUAUUCUUUUGUGACUAUGAAAACAUUUCUGUAUCUAGAAGUUAUGUGUUUGUACUUGAUCUAUCUGCCAUAUUACAAUCUUCACUUACAAUGGAGACAUUAACAUAUUACUGGAGUCAAGACUGUAUGAGUCAAAUGCAUCCAUGUGUGUAAUAAACAUUCCCCAAAUAAUUUUUAAUGCAAAUCCACAUUUUUUACCCAAAAAUCAUAGCACGUAUUUGUGUAGGGCAACAAUUUUAUAAAAAGGCUAUAAUUCAUGAAAUGUACUAUGAAAAAAAUUAUAAGCUAAGGAAACAGAUAAGAGUGCAAAUAUUUCAUAACUGAAUUAGUAGCUCUGGUCUUAAUUUGAUUUUUUUCAGCAACUUUUUCUUUUCAUUGAGAUUUUGUGGUGGUAGUUUGGUUUUAUCUAUUUAUUUUAAGUCGGCUCCACACUGGAACCCCAACACAGGGCCUGAACUCACAACCCUGGGAUCAAGACCUGAGCCGAGACCAAGAGUCGGACACUUCACCAACUGAGCCACCCAUGCACCCCUUUCAUUGAGAUAUGCAAUAAAGAUAUGUAUGUUUACUGUACAUUUUGGUUCUAUCUAUACUUACAAAUUAUAGCAAUAUUUUGGAUACAUUUUAAAUAUAAA